CUCCAAUCGGCGGUCCCCUUUCACCCGGCGGCGAGGCGAAGGGGGCUGCGUGUUUCCGGAAGACGUGGCCGUUGCAGCCGCUGCUUCUCUGCUCUGCGCCCGCCGCCCUCCGCUCCCGUCCCCGCCGCCACCAUGAUCUCCCUCUCUGACACCCAGAAGAUUGGAAUGGGACUAACAGGCUUUGGAGUGUUUUUCCUUUUCUUUGGAAUGAUACUCUUCUUUGACAAAGCUCUUUUGGCUAUUGGAAAUGUUUUAUUUGUGGCUGGCUUGUCUUUUGUUAUCGGUUUAGAAAGAACAUUUAGAUUCUUCUUUCAAAAACACAAAAUGAAAGCAACAGGCUUUUUCCUGGGUGGUGUGCUCAUAGUUCUCAUUGGUUGGCCUUUAAUAGGAAUGAUCCUUGAAAUUUAUGGGUUCUUCCUAUUAUUCAGGGGGUUCUUUCCUGUGGUGGUCGGCUUUAUUAGAAGAGUUCCAGUUCUUGGAUAUCUCUUGAAUUUACCCGGUAUAAGCUCGCUUGUAGAUAAAGUUGGAGAAAGCAACAACAUGGUAUAAUGCCAAGAGGGCAGAAGACUGAUUCUAAACUUACUGUAUUAUUUAUAAAAUCCUUUUGAAGAAUACUCAGCACAAAGAUUAAGUUGUGUACAAAGGAAAAGCUUGUUACAUUCUUUACAUAACAGUUUAAUUUAAAAUGUAUAGUCAACAUUAUACAUUAGAAAAGAAGCUCAGCAAGUAUGCUUCUAGAAAGUAACUCCAGAGUUCAGGAAGUAAACUGAAGAGGUGACAGUCGCAGAAUAACCCAUGUUACAACUGUUGAAGACUAUUGUUGGUUUUGGAAAACAUUCUAGAGGCAAUGAGCCCUUGUGGAAUUAACGGUGCCUGUACUUUACCUCCUUAUUUUGAAGGUGCAGUAGAGCAAACAGGCUUACAUUUUCAAGGGUGACCCAAACUUAUCCAACCCUCUGCUUGCUAUUCUGAGAGUGCAAAAAGAAAAAAACCAAACCACCACAAACAGAAAACUUCUUGUGUAACAAGAGAUACGUCUUUGCAUGAAGGUUAAGAUGACUAUUCAUCUUCAAGUCUAUUAUGACAAAAAAAUAAGGAAACCCUACACGGUUCUGUUGUAAACAUUUUUGUAAAUAUGUGGCUGAAAUAAAACAUUGUUAUCUUAAUGUUUCAAAGCCAAAUGUAAGUUGAUUGUAUUUGCCUUCCAUUUUGGAAUAUGCAAAAGGUCAAUCUUUAACUUCAGUCUUAAAUGUUGGUUCUGAACAUGUAGGACUCCACAGGAAACUGGAAACUGACUUGCACUCCUUCCAGUUUGUUCUCCUGGAGUCAUGUUACGUGCAUCCAGAUGAGAAUGUAGCCCCCUGUCACUAACAUGAAAACUUUCAAAUAUGCUUAGUUCACAAAAAAAUGCAUUUGGUUAAGGUGCUGAUGUGUGAAGCCUGUGAAAUGUAUCUUAUCAGAAUCUGAACCUUUGUUUUUAAACAGUUUGAAACCAAGGUUUCUUUAUUUACUCUGGAACCACAAAUUGACUUAUUUUUUACAGUAAUAAAAGGAAAACUUAAAGUUCUGUGUGUGAGUCUCUGGGGAGAAAUUCGAGCUAAUGGGGCUAACUAAAUAUCAAGUGCCAAUCUCCUUAUGUAACUUGUUGCUUGGGUUAUCUUCAUAUAACUUAAAACUUCAAUCAAUCACAGCAACAACUUUGCUGUUAGUUAGUUUCUCGGCUAACCUGGAAUAAAUGUCCCCUACUAAUGCAAGGGUUGUGUUUCUGCAUCUAUUGGAAUGGUAAACAUCAUGCACUUUCAGUAGGUUUAGUAUGUAGUGUCCUUGCCUAACAAAACAUGAUAAUUAAGUAAAUUGUAUUUGUGCAGGCUUUGGGGGGGUUCUCUUGUAUUUAACUUUCUUUUCCCUUAAAUUUAAUCCUAAAAAGGUUAUCAAAAUGCAAUGUUAGUAUUUCAAGUAGCUAGGUGGUCUUAAAGGUUUAGUGACUGGUGGGUUUUGGUUGGGGUUUUUCCCCUUUAUUAUGCAGUUAAAAUUGGUAUUCUCCAAAAUAACUUCUAAGUUAAGAAGAAUCCAUGUAUACCAUGGUUUAUUUUCAUUACAACUGUGUAAAUAGCCACAAUCUACUAUUCCCAAGGUUUAAUUUGCUUCCUUCUCAAACAGGCACAAAAUGAUUCAGAGAAAAAAGUCAUUAUAUUUUCAAUGAAUAGCAUCUGAAAAAUCAGCGGGUUUAUUUUAUAAAUGACAAAAAACAGCUGUGUUUGCCUGUUGGCAUGUGUAUUAUAGUUUACAGACAGGACUAAAUAUGACUUGUGGCUUCUACCUCAAGAAAUAAGCCAAUUUUAACUGCUCCUGUAGGACUGUUGUGUGUUAAAAUGACUAGAGAAUAACACUACAGCAGUUUAGCAAAUUCGUUUGCUUUGGUAGAGCACUGGUCUGUACUAUGGGAAUCAAGUACUGUUUAAAGUAGACAGUGUUCAUCAUUUACAUUCAAAGUCAGCUACCUGAAGAAUUUUGUUCUUGUCUUUUGAAAAGUACUGUGAUGGGCAAGGUGGAUUGCACCACACGACUGUGGAGCUCUGACUGAAAGAAAAAUUGCUGGGUAAGUUGAAGUAUCUUCAUCGACAAAAAAGCUGGUGAUGUCUUUCAGAGGUGAUGAAUGUGUUGCUGUCUAUGAUCUUUUAGCCCUUUGAAAUGCCGGGAUUAGGCAGUUCAUCUCACUUGUAUUUAAUCCAUUGUUUUAAAUCAAAAGUCAAUUUUUGUCAGAUGUGAACUGUUGUGAAAAGAGUCUGAGGGAACAAAAUUGUAUGUUGAAUUUAGCAUAGUCUUUAUCCCUCAAGGUAAUGUUGUCUUUGAGACAGUUUUGCAGAGAUACAUGUGGGUGGCAGCAAAGGUCAAAAUAACUUAGCCUUAAAGUGUUUCUGUCAUUGUAAAAAUAUCUCGUAACAGAAACAUGCUUGGAACAUUUCCCCUUUUAAAUGUAAUUUAUAAUUGCUGCUUUAAAAAUCAUAAGGAUGGACCUUAUUCUGAGAAAAUGAACACUGUAAAUAUCCUUGUCAUACCUUGAAUAAAUGGGUACCUUUUUCUAUAA